AUGGAAGCCGCGGGCCACGCCGCCGCCGCACCCGUGGACCUGUCGCGCUCUGCCGCACUGACUGCCGGGCUGACGACGGGCCUGGCCGGUGCCGGACUGAGCCUGCUGCCCAGUCUGUACGGCCGUGCCGCAGGCGCGGGAGAAUACGGUGUGCCGGCCAGCAGCGCAGGGGACGCGACCGAGUGCCGCCUGGUCGAGUACCGCGGCGAGCGAGUGGCCGCAUUCGUGCAGCGAAGCGGCGAGUUGCUUCUGUGCCUGCCACAGGCGUUCGAGCUUUUCCUGAAACACUUAGUGGGCGGCCUUCACACCGUAUACACCAAGCUCAAGCGGCGCAUCAGCCCCAUCGUGUGCAACGUGGAGCAGGUGCGCAUACUGCGUGGACUGGGCGCGAUACAGCCGGGCGUCAACCGCUGCAAGCUGCUCGCGUGCAGGGACUUUGACGCCCUCUACCGUGACUGCACUACCGCCAGUUCGCGACCGGGUCGACCGCCCAAGCGUUCGGGCAUCCUGCUGGGCCUGGCGAGUGCCGCGCAGCACCACCAGGUGGCAUCAGCGAUGCCCGUCUUACAGGCCAUCAAGAAGUUGCGGCCGGACGGUGACUUUGCGUCCACCUACGCCAACGGAGAGGGCACCUACGACGACUCAGUAGACAAGACCACGCUGCUGCUGAACUGCCUGCGGCAGCAGAUGGCCGACCCAUUGGGACGCGGCCAGGUCCAGCCUGGUGUACAGUCGCUGAUGGCCAAUGGGAGACCAGAGAGCGUGGGAAGCCGCAACGAUGCCUCGUCGACGCCAUCGCUCGAGCACCAGCGGACCGUACCGUUGUCGCACAAAACUGCUGCGGGACCACCUGAGCUUGUCAUGGACGACAGCUGCUACAUGGCCGUGGAUCAAGGACGCGCCGAGGCUAAGACUCCCGGCGGAGAUGCUCGAAGUGAAUCAAGCAAGGGCAGCUACUGCCGCGAUGAGCUGAUUGGCCCCGGCGAGGCGGCCGCUACUCCGCCAAUCACGGGCUUCCCGGAGUCGCUGCAGGAGGCCGCUCUGUUGCGUGCGUACGACGUGUACUCCAUGGAGGCCCUGCUGAGGAACAUCCAGGCGCUGCUGCGCGUGGCCGCCGACGGCGCCAGGCACCACGAGAGACAGGUGUCCCUAGAAAAAGCCGAGCUUGGGAUGGAAAUUCUACGUGAACGUGAGUUGCGAGAAAAGGUGGAGAAGCAGCUCGCUGAGGAACAGAAGUUUCGAGUGCUGUACCAGCGGCGCCUGCGGAGGGAGCGGCGGUCACGACGCAAGGUUCAGGAGCAGCUCCAAAACGAGAUAAAGCGCAGGCUCAAGGCCGAGGAAAGCCUGCGCGACUCCUCGACCGACAACGUGCGCUUUGUGGCCGGUCAGUAG